AUGUAUUCAGUGCAGGAGGAUGACGGAGAGAGCUUGUUCCUCCUCAGCCCCCUCUCGGGGGAGUUCCUAUUAUCCCGCAGCCUGGAUUUCGAAGCACAAAGAUUCUACAUUCUCACCGUGGUGGUGCAGCGGGGGGAUUUGCAGGUAUUCAGUGUCAGGGUGUACUUCAGUGUGUUGAACGUGAACGACAACCCCCCUGUUUUCAGCAGGGAUACCCUUUCUGCGUCACUGCGUGAAGACACACAGGUUGGCACUUGCUUCCUGUCAUUGAAUGUGUCCGAUAAAGAUGAUGGAGACAAUGGAGAGUUGAAACUGAAGGUGCUGGAUGGAGAUGAAGAGACGGUGUUCUUCAUCAGUUCAGCCCGCAGUUUGUGCCUGAGCAAAGAGCUAGACAGAGAGAGACAAUCCUCCUACAAUCUGACCGUGACGGCUAGUGACUGCGUCGAGCCCGAGUCUCUACGGCUCACCGGCACAGCACGCGUUGUUGUGCUGGUUGACGACGUCAAUGACAAUGCUCCAUUGUUUGUGUCAGCCAAAAGUGUGAGUAUAGCAGAAGACGCUGCACUUCACUCUGUUGUGAUGACUGUACGUGCUGUGGAUGAGGACGCUGGAUCCAAUGGGGACAUCUUCUAUUAUUUAAACAACACUUCUAGUGGCACGUUCAGCAUCAAUGACACAAGUGGGAAAAUGUACCUGGAGGAGACAUUGGAUAGAGAACAGGUAGAUAUUCUGACUAUUACUGUAACAGCCACUGAUAGAGGCUCACCCAGGUUGGCGACCUCUAUGAAUCUCACGGUGCAUGUUGAAGAUGCAAAUGACCAUGACCCUGAGUUCCUACAAGGCACCUACAGUCUGACAGUGAGGGAAGAUAUCCCCAGAGGAACGAGCUUGCUGCAGGUUCAGGCUCACGAUCAAGACAUCGGGCCAAACGGACAAGUGCGGUACUCGCUGAGCCAGGCGAGUCCGUUUGUGGUGGACACGGUUCGAGGUGUCAUAACGGUCAUGGAUGAACUGGACAGAGAGAGGGAGUCUAACUACAACUUAAUCAUAGCCGUUGUAGAUCAGGGUAACAUACCCAGAUCUGCCACUGCUGCUGUCCGAGUCACAGUGUUGGAUGCCAACGACUUUGCGCCCCAGUUCUCUCCUGAAACACUCGUCAUACACGUCGCGGAGAACGAGGAGGACCCCUCUCAGCUAACACACCAGCUCUCAGCUUUGGAUGAAGAUUUAGGGGUAAACAGCCAGAUUACUUAUUUCAUACAGAAUGGAAAUAGUGAUGGUUUGUUCUCCACCACUCCCAAUGGCACUUUUCAAAUUUUGCACAGCCUGGACAGAGAGAAGGAAUCACUAUACAUCAUCAGCAUUAUCGCUGUCGAUUCAGGAUUGCCUCCUUUGACAGGCACUCUUACUGUACACGUCAUAGUGGAUGACAUCAACGAUAACCACCCAGAGUUUACAGAGGAAGUCUACAACACCAUAGUGUACGAGGACAGUCCCCCAGGCACGGUGUUUGCCAUGAUAAUGGCGUCUGAUAUUGACGCGGGUGUCAGCGGGGAAACAAGGUAUUUCAUGGAUAACUCUGGUGUACCUUUUGCCAUUGAAGAAACAUCUGGAGAGCUGCUCACAACCAAUGAGCUGGACAGGGAGACAGUUGCCAUUUACAGGUUGACAGUGAUUAGCAGUGAUAAACAUCCUACUCAGCCUCUGUCGAGCUCAGUGCUUGUCACUGUGCUCAUUGGAGAUAUCAACGACCACUGGCCCAAGUUCACAAACAGCCCCUAUGUGGCCCAUGUGCCCACCGAAAUGGCUGCAGGCUCGGUUGUUUGUGCAGUAAGUGCAACAGAUCAAGACACUGAGAUGAACGCAGGACUGCAUUAUUCAUUAUACGGACCGAGUUCAGAUCUGUUUUCCAUUGAUCCACAGCAUGGCACCGUGUUCACUUCAAGAGCUCUGUGCAGAACAGAGGAUAUCGUUGUCAACAUACACGUGGAAGAUGCUGGAGAAAAUCCUAAAUUUGACACCGCCACAGUGAGUGUCAGGUUUCAAAAUAUCUCAGACUUUCCAGUGAUGAAUGUGGAAGUUCUGAACUAUUCCCUCUCCGAGGACGAGCCAGGGGGAACAUUAGUGGCCGUGGUCACUGCUAUGAGCGUCAGAGCGGAACCUGUCUCUUUUUAUCUCACUUCUGGAAACCUUCAAGACGCGUUUCAUGUGGAGCCAUUAAGUGGAGCCCUGACAGUGGAGAACUCUCUGGAUUACGAGAGCAAUAGGGAUUUUACUUUGCUAGUAGAAGCCAGAGAUUCCGGCUCACCUCCCUUCUCAUCAUUUGCAGAAAUUCACAUAAACAUCAGCGAUGUAAACGAUAACUUCCCACAGUUCACUCAAGCUGAGUACAGGUGUCAGAUUUUUGAGAACAUGCCUCCAUCCUGGGUUUGUGAAGUUCUUGCCACUGAUGCCGACUCUGGCAGUUACAGCACAGUGCGGUACAACAUAACAGAUGGAAACACUGAUCAUUUUUUCACAAUUGGCAGUGAAAAUGGUGUAUUGAGCACCACUGCAAGUUUAGACAGAGAAGAAAUCCCUGAAUUCUUUUUGACCGUUGAAGCCACAGAGCUGGAAAAUCCUCCUCAUAAAAACAGAGCAACUGUUGUCAUCGCUGUUUUAGACAGCGAUGACAACCCACCUCGUUUUUCUCAGAUUUUUCUCACAGAAGUGCCGGAGGAUGCUCCUGUUGGACACACAAUAAUACAAGUCGACUCAACUGACGAUGAUGCUGGUCCCAAUGCAGUUAUUAAUUACUCCAUAAAUGACCAAAGUGAUGAUAUGCCAUUUAGUAUUGAAUUUACCACUGGGCGCAUCACAGUGAAACGACUUCUGGACAGGGAGACACAGGAUAAUUAUGUCCUGAAAGUAAAUGCGAAUGAUUCCGCACUGAGCAUAAGCACGGAUGUCACUAUAGUCAUUACAGAUGUUAACGAUAAUAGACCAGUAUUUUCUAGUCAGUCUUACAAUGCUGUCCUCCCCGAAACAAACGACACAGAGCUUUUUGUCGUUCAGGUUCAUGCUACAGAUGCAGACAUUGGGCAAAGCGGUGAGGUUUUAUAUGUUAUUGAAUCUCCAAAUGAUGAGUUUUGGGUAGACGCUUCCAUUGGUGCAAUCUAUACCAAGCAGCCAUUGACUUUAAAGAAUUCUGCUUUUGAAAUCUACCAAUUUACAGUGAUUGCUUUUGAUUGUGGCAGUUCUCCCCUGCACAGUAACACCUCAGUCACUAUAAGAUUAGAGCCAUAUAACCACUAUGCACCAAUGUUUCUGGCUUUUCAGCCUCUGAUUGCAAUCCCGUAUCAUUUAGCACUGGGAACUGAGGUGGUCCAGUUUACAGCAAUAGACAUGGACAGUAAUGGCAGUACCAAUAUUCUCUAUGUUUUGAAUGGAGGCAAUGCAUCCGAUUUCUUCUGGAUCGAAGCUGACAACGGAAAAGUAAAGUUAAAGAGAAGUUUAACAGAGAGCGUAAAUUCAUAUCUCACUUUAAUAGUUGUGGCAGAAGACCAGGGCACCCCGUCUUUAUCUUCACAGUCUGAGAUCACUUUUGAAAUUACUGGGAGGAACCAAUAUUCUCCGAGCUUCAGAGAGCCACAUGUCACUUUCUCUGUCCCCGAGGACGUGCCCGUAGGAUCAGUAAUUGGGAGAGUUCUAGCAGAAGAUAGGGACUCUGGUCUCAAUGGGGCCAUCAUGUACCACAUUAUCCCAGAAAGUCUAUUGUUACCAUUCUCUGUAGGAGAAGCCUCUGGGCUGCUAACACUUAUCAGAGAGCUUGACUUUGAAGAAGUACCUGAUUAUCAUCUUCGAAUCAAAGCCAUGGAUGGCGGCUGGGUCUCUAAAAAAAGCAUGUUAAAUGUCACCGUGGUGGUUACGGAUGUGAAUGACAACCCGCCAGUCUUUUCGUCCUCCGAGUAUCUCACAUCAGUGCCUGAAAACUCUGGAGUUGGAACAGAUGUCACACAUGUGAGGGCCACUGAUGCUGAUUCAGGUGAAAAUGGACAAAUAACCUACACUCUUAUUGCCGGUCAUGUGGAUAAAUUUGCCAUUGACUCAAGAAAUGGCACAAUCACCACUUUGGAUGUGUUUGAUUAUGAGCGAGAGCAGAUCUAUGAUGUUACAAUCAAAGCUUCAAAUGUUGCUGGUCAUAAUUUAUUUACUUUGGCUCAUGUUGUCAUCCAAAUCUCUGACGUCAAUGAGUUCACGCCUGCGUUCACAGAAAAAGAGUUUCACUUUUUGGUAUUUAAAAAUGUGCCCGUCGGAACUAUGAUAGGAAAAGUAACAGCCACAGAUGAGGACCAAGGCUCUGAGGGUCAGGUGUUUUACCUGAUGUUUGGACGAAAUAAGUACAUGGACUUUGAAAUUCACAAACUUUCUGGAGAGAUUCACACAACUGGCACUUUGAGGAAACAAGGCAACAGUCACAUAGAUUUGAAAGUUCUGGCAAAGAACUCUGGAGUCAUUACUGGUAUGGAUGUAGAUGAAACUUUGGUCCACAUCAGUGUGAUCGACACAAACGAUGCGCCCAUGUUCACCUCUGCACUUUAUAUGGUGAACGUGACAGAGGACAGCCCGAUUGGGACGUCAGUGACGACUGUGAGUGCCCUUGAUCAGGACUCCAUCCUGGACUGGAGUCAUUUCUUCUUCAGCAUCGAAAGUGGAAACACCAACUUGUCUUUUUCUGUUGAUCCGCUCAGUGGUGUUGUUACGGUAAAUUCUCCACUUGACCGAGAACUGUGGGCAGUUUAUAACCUGACUGUUACAGCCACUGAUGAUGGCUCUCCACCAGCCACUGGAACUAGUAACGUCAUUGUGACUGUUGAUGACGUUAACGACAACACUCCCAAACUCACAUCGACUGAGGCUCAAGUGAAGGAAAAUCAGCCUCAAGGCACCAUAGUAGCCAGGUUGAAUGCAUCUGACUCAGAUUUGCCGCUGAACCAGGGACCUUUCACUUACUGGCUGGUAAACCCUUCAACAGAUAGCGCUUUCUCACUGACUCCCGAUGGAGUUUUAUUCACCACAAGGCCCACUGACAGGGAGCAGAUCUCUGCAUAUCGCGUUCUGUUGGCUGUUAGAGAUGCAGGGAUUCCUGCACUGUCAUCCACAACAAUGUUCCACGUCAGGAUUGUGGACGAGAAUGACAACCCUCCUCUGCCUCGGAAUAUCUUCAUCGAGGUCAAAUAUUUUGGCAGUUCUUUCCAAGGAGGCAUGAUCGGGAACGUCCACCCAGAGGAUCAGGACGAGUCCGACACAUUUAACUGUGGUAUCAAAAGCGGGUCACUGAACAUGUUCACGAUACCCAAUGGUACGUGUGAGCUGUGGUCGUCUGCUUUUCAAGGUGAGGCUACAUUUAAUAUCACAAUCGAAGCUACGGACCAGCGCCACUUCCCAGUAAACAACAGCAUCUACGUAAAAUACAAAGGCUUCACAAAUGCUUCUAUAGACAGUUGUAUACUAUUCUUCAUAUCAUCAUCCUCAAUGGAAGAGUUCUUGUCAAACAAGUAUUUGAGGUUUGUCAAAGCUCUGGACAGUCUGUUCAACCUACAGGCCUCCAAGACUCAUGUAUUUGGAGUCAAACCGAUUGGCAGUGAAAUCCUCCUGUUGACUGCGGUCAAAAAUUACAACGGUGAAUAUCUGAGCAGGGAGGUAGCGAGCGGUAUAUCCGCUGGACACAAGAAAUUACUGGAGUCUCAGAGUAAUGUGACGAUAUCUCACAUCACCGGCGAUCCAUGUCUCACCCGCCCUUGUCAGAACGGGGCAGUGUGCAACAUAAACAUUUACAUCAGCCAGGACGUUGCUGUCCUGGAAAGCCUGGGCGUCAUCUUAGUGUCACCCCAGAAAGAGCUUUUUAAUUGUACCUGUCCCAGCGGCUUCACCGGGACACUGUGCGAAGGCGACAUUGACGAAUGCGAGGUGAAUUUCUGUGAGAAUGAAGGCACGUGUGUGAAUACUGCAGGAAGUUUCUACUGUCAUUGUCAGAGCGGCUUUUCUGGCUCCAUGUGCUCUACUGAUACAGAUGAAUGCCUGAGGGUGAAGUGCCAGAACGGAGGAACUUGUAUGCCCAAAGAGGAUGGAUAUUACUGUCACUGUGUGCCUGGAUUCGAAGGAGAAAUGUGUGAGCAGUUCAUUGACCACUGCAGAUCAACCCCCUGUGUCCUGGGCAACUGUACAAAUUCCCAGACAGGAUUCUCUUGUCAUUGUCCCUUUGGAAUCAGCGGUGUCCACUGUGAGGAGCAUAGUUAUGGCUUCCAGGAGCUGUCCUUUAUGGAGUUCCCCCCAUUAGACCGCAGGACUAAUUUAAUCUCCCUCGAGAUUGCGACAGUGGAGAGACAUUCCCUGCUCCUCUACAACCCUGGAGGAUCCUCCAGCAGGGAGUUCUUAGCACUGGAGAUACUAGAUGGAGCCAUGCAUCUCUCUUAUGACCUGGGCUCAGGACCUGUGAGACUGCAGACAAGCAAGCAAGUGGCAGAUGGACGGUUCCACAGUGUCACUGCCAGGAGGAUUGGGAACGUGAGUUUUACAAUUUGUCAGCACCAACACGAGGUCGACGAGACAGCAUUUUGA